CAGAUCUAUCAAAAAUCUAAUUCAGAAUCAAAAAAUGUCCAGAAUCACACAAAUUUGCACCAAUACUCUCUGCAGCAAGCCCAGCAGCACAGAAAGACUAUCUGGCAACAAAAUAAUAUCUCGGUCUCCCCAGUCGAGAGUGAUAUUGAUAGUGAGAUGAAGUUGCCGAUCAACACCUACCAGGCCCCACAGCAGGAAAAUGAUGAAGAUGAGGAGUUUUGUCUGGCUGUAGAUGAAGAGAGCGGAAAAUUAAAUCAAUGGCAGGACAAUCAACCUAGCAGUCUGGGCUGUGAUGAGGCACUACCGUCAGAGGACCCAGGUUUUUACCUAAACAACAAUAUCAUCGACAUAGACAAUGCCGAUCAAGCUGAGACUUCUAUUUCAGAGGAUAAUAAGACUAAGAGAGUGGAACCACCAACAGAGCCCAACACGUUUGAUACACUGUAA